AUAAAAGUACCAAGCUUAACUCGAUCCAGUAAUCCCGGUAACAUCGAGGGCUCACAGUCGCAGCCUUUUGGCCUAUUCCAAACGUUCCAGCAUACCUGUUGAUUAAAUUAAAGAUCCUACACUCUGUGGGGAAUUCUUGACUUACACUGGCCGAGAGGGUGAGAAAGAGGGAGACAUGGAAAGAGGAGGAGGAGGGUGUAUUUGGAUAUGCAGAAAGUGAGUGACAGGCGAGGAGGGAGGAGGAAGAAUAGCCAUGGGUUAGCAGAGAGGCAGAGGAUUGAAAUGCCUUGUAGUUCACGCUCGUUUGCAUAACAGGAGAGCAGCCGAGAUAGAGGGAGCUGGCACAUGGCAAGCAAAAGAGAGGGAGGGGGGUCCAGUUGGUGCGUCUCACGAGGGAGAAGCACACAGUCAAUAUCCAGCUCUCCUGCAGACAUCCAUGCGCCUCCUCUAUUAAGCGGCUGUGCUCCUGAAAGGACCCACGAAGCAAAAGGGGAAAAGAUCAGCUUCAAUUCAAGUCGAGCUUCGGCACAGAACCGCUCAGCACGUUGCAGUGGCAGCACAUUGUCAGUUCAAGUCCUCGGAUGCCGAAAAGAGUCCAGAAAAAGAAAACAUAUCAACCAACUGAUCAGAAAAUGACAGCUGCAGCAGCUCAGGAACUCGACGAGCGAUGUUUUCUGUCGGCGCAGUCCAUGCCCAAUCUGAAGGUAUCCGAUCACUUCCAGGUGGUGAAGCUCCUGGGAGAGGGUUCCUACGGAAAGGUCAUGUUAGCUGUACACAGAAAGAGAGGAACCCCGAUGGCUCUGAAGUUCUUCCCUCGUCAGUCCACCUCGCUCACCUCUUUCCUGCGUGAAUACAAUCUCUCACUUUCCUACUGCACCCAUCCUUCUCUGACAAGGGCCAUUGGCAUCUUCUUUUCCACGCCGUCCUACUACGUCUUUGCCCAGCAAGCCGGUCUAUAUGGUGACCUCUACAGCGUAAUUGUGUCAGAGGUCGGCGUGGACGAAGAGUGCGUCCAGAGGCUGGCGUCCCAGCUUAGCGGUGCCGUCACACAUCUCCACUCCCUGGGCUUCGUCCACCGCGACAUCAAACCGGAGAACAUCUUCCUGUGUGACAGUUCCUGUCGUUGGGUCAAACUGGGGGACUUUGGCCUCUCCCGGGCCAUCGGCUCCACUGUUCGUGCCGUCUGGUACGAGUCUCCCUUUUGCACUCCCGAGGUGGAACCUGUCAAGGUUGCUCAGAGGGAGAAGGAGUGGGAUGGGGCCGAGGAGGAGACAGAGGACAUCUGGAUAACGGUGGAGCCAUGUAUUGACAGCUGGGCCCUCGGUGUGCUCGUCUAUUGCCUCUUAACCAGCUGCUUCCCCUGGGAGGAGAGCACCAACGACGACCGCGGCUAUCGGAGAUUCAAGGAGUGGUUUGACCGAGAAGCUGAAAAGGAGGAGAAGAUGAAGGAUGGUGAGUGGAGGGGUGAGGAGAAAAUAGACAGUUACACGAUCAUGAAGGAGAACCAAAGGGAUAACCCUCCUCCCUCACAGUUUGAGGGCCUUAGCCCGCUGGUGAUGACUCUUUUAAAGGAGCUGCUCCAUCCUGAGCCCAAACACAGAGGGAGCCCCGAGGAGAUCCUGAGCUACCUGGGAGGGCCAUGGCUGAUUGAGACCGAGAUCGAGGAGAAGAGGAAGGCCGACGAGGCAGAGAAGGAGGCCAGAAAAAUAAGAGAGGGAGGAGGUGUAGAAGAAGAGCUGGUGAGGGAAGGAAGAGGGGAGAGAUAGAUUUGUUCAUGGGUAAAUAUUUAAAUGCAGCACAAAGAUAUAUUCUACAAGGUGGAAUAUUUUCAUAUCUUUUGGUUACGCUCGGGCAAGUUAACAUGUUUCAUAACGCGUUAACUAACUCUGACAAUAAUUUUAUAGAGCAUUAACGCAGUUUUAAGUCCGUUGCUCAUGUUGAUGUUGAUCAGAAUCACGCGUCUCAACAAAUGAGAGCAUUUGGGGGCGGGCCUAAGACUGAUGCUGCACUCACCUGAACCAAACGAAAAGAACCGGCGGGGACAGAGAAAUGGAGAACGGUACCGAAGUCUUUCAUGGACGGUUUCCUUUAAUUGGUCUCCCAGAUGGAGAGUUGACAGAACCGAAAGUUAUUUUUAACCUGCAUCACAAAAGGCGGGUUUCUUUUUCCAUUUUUUGGACUGAGAUUCACCAUAGGAAGAGUUGGUACGUCUGAGAGCAGUACGUCUGCCCAGACUAAAAAGUCCCCCACACAGUGAAUCGCAGCUGUGUACUUCACCUGCCUCUAACAGGGACACCUGCUGCUGAACAUCAGAGUUUAUGCUGCUCCCCAAUCAAAGAAACAUGUUCAUGCUGCUACCUGUUCAGGUUCAUACAUGUUAACUUGCCUGUCAUACUGUUAUGGUUGGGGCUCUGCACUCGGAGGGUAACUUGUUUUUCUACAGCAAACUAGAUAAAAAGUUAAUGCCCUGGCAGUGGCAAAUAGCUCGAGUUUGAUAUUUCAUUUGAUUACAUUGAUGUUUAAGUUGAGACGAGAAAUAUUAGAAUCGCUGCUGUAAAAAGGGAAUGCUGCUGUUAAAAAGCACCUUAUUUGUGGUUAGGUUUUUUCACUUUUGUUAAUAUUGUAGGAUAUUAGAAACAAAUUGACGAUUCGGUUCAUAAAAUUAAUAAAAAUGCAUAUAGUGUACACCAGAA